CUAGACUAGCCACUAGGCCUACACAAGUUCCAAGAAAGUUAUAAAAAAUCACCGAUAUGGCGCUUCUUUUAAGGGGAGUAUGCAGGAAUCAUCAGCUUCUUGCCAGGCUGCAACCCAUGAUGACAAGCAGGGUUACCAUGGCAAUGACAGCUCAGCAGGAGCAAGAUAAAUUUUGGGAGAAGAACAAGCAACUGAAAAGACCGAUGUCUCCUCAUCUCACCAUAUACAGUCCCCAGGUGACAUCAAUGUUGUCAAUUACACACAGAGGAACCGGUGUUGGACUUACUGUUGGUAUCUAUGCUCUAGGUUUAUCAAUGAGUGUCUUGCCGCAUGACUUUGCGUACUACCUAGAUGCCAUCAAGUCUCUUUCAUACGGUCCAUCGCUCCUCUUCCUCACCAAGAUGGCGAUCGUCUGGCCAAUGGCCUACCAUACACUCAACGGCGUCAGGCAUCUGGCGUGGGACACCGGCUAUGGCUUUGAUAUCAAGACACUCUACAAGACAGGCUACUUUGUGCUUGGUCUUUCAUUCGUAGUUACAGCUGGGAUCGCUAUGUUAUAAAAUAUUAUAUAUAUAUAUAUAUAUAAGAUAUGAGUAAUGAUAUAACCCAUGCCCCCUCUGGGGUAUACAAUUUACAAUUAAUAAAUCAAAGAGUCAGUUGCAUACUUGCAUAGCCACUCU